UGUAAGUAACGCCAGGGCCCGGGGGUGGGAGCGGCCGCUGGGCGGACACCGCCUUCCCCCAGGCACCCGGGAGGAAGCAGAAGGCCGGCGCCACCCCCACGCUCCGCGGUGGCCCCGAAAAGCUUCCACGGGAGCAAGCACUCAUCUCUUGAAAUCAGCUUUUUUUUGCUGCCCAAAGCGAAAAACCCGGGCGAGGACUCGCGGGGCGAGAACUCGAAGGGCGAAGUGGCUGUCGAGGGGAGGGCGCAGCCGGCCCACUGGAUCCCCUGCAGGCAGAGGUUCCGACGGACCCUCCCCAGGGGCUGCUGAGCACGGCCGGGGACACCGAGGGAGCGGACGCGGGAUCGGAAGGCCGCCCCUCGUUUCCACUUCCCCAUCGCCCGACAGCCGGCCAGGCCAUGUCCAGAGGCCCGGGCUCCGCGGUCCUCCCCGCCGCCGGUUUCCGGAAGCCCGCCCCGCGGAGCCUCAGCUGCCUCUCGGACCUGGACGGCGGCGCGGCCCGGGAGUCGUGGCCCUGCAGGCCCCCUGGGAGCCCGGGCAGCGCGCCGCCGCCGCCGCCCGCGCCGUCCGGCUGCGACCCCUGCCUGCGGCCCAUCAUCCUGCGGCGGGCGCGCUCGCUGCCCAGCUCGCCCGAGCGCCGCCAUAAGGGCGCGGGCGCGCCGGGCGCUGCGUGCCGGCCGGGCUGCAGCCGGCAGCACCGCGUGCGCUUCGCCGACGCUCUGGGCCUGGAGCUGGCGCAGGUCAAGGUGUUCAACGCGGGCGACGACCCGUCCGUGCCGCUGCACGUGCUGUCGCGGCUCUCCAUCAACUCGGACCUGUGCUGCAGCAGCCAGGACCUGGAGUUCACCCUGCAGUGCCUGGUGCCCGACUUCCCGCCGCCCGUCGAGGCCCCUGACUUCGGCGAGCGCCUGGGGCGGCAGCUCGUGUGUCUGGAGCGCGUCACCUGCUCAGACCUGGGCAUCAGCGGUACGGCGCGCGUGCGCAACCUGGCCUUCGAGAAACAGGUGGCGGUGCGCUACACGUUCUCGGACUGGCGCAGCGCGCACGAGGCGGUGGCGCGGUGGCGCGGGCCGGCGGGCACCGAGGGCGCCGAGGAUGUCUUCACCUUCGGCUUCCCGGUGCCGCCCUUCCUGCUGGCGCUCGGCUCCCGCGUGCACUUUGCGCUGCGCUACCGCGUGGCCGGCGCCGAGUACUGGGACAACAACGACGGCCGCGACUACAGCCUCACGUGCCGCAACCAUGCGCUGCACAUGCCGCGCGGGGAGUGCGAGGAGAGCUGGAUUCACUUCAUCUGAGCCUCCGCGCUCAGGCCGCACCCCCGCUCACUUCCUGGCUGGGCUCUCGCAUCUGGGCAGUGGCCCUUCCUCACACCCCAUCCCCUAAACGAGGUCGUCUGACCUCACUUCCCCCUGUAAGGUGUGCUGGCAUGGCCCGUCCUGUCUUCUACUUGCAUUGUCUGUGUCACUUGGUCUAAAAAGUAACCUCAGGUGCCAGAAGGCCGAGCUGUGUCCUAUGCUGGGGUGGGGUGCUGGGUGGGUAGACGCAUGGGUGCGUUGGCCCCUCUGAAGAAGGCCCAGGCAGGUGGUUUUGGAAAGGCCUGCAUCCUCCCUCUGGGAAACCCUGUGACUUUUGCGUGUGUCCUGACUGGGUCUCUGUGAAUAUAGCUGUUAUUUAUCAUCAUUGUGAUGUUGGGACUUUUUACCCUUAGUGGAUGCCUUCUUCGGAACAUUCUGGAUUUAAUAAGCUAAAAAAGAAAAAAGUCAUUUUGUGUGUUUGUGCCCAUUGUAAACAGAAUGUACAGUGUGACCCCCAUUAUGGUCCCCUGUGGCAUUCCUGCCCUGGGACAAGAAAAACCUGAGAUCACAUUUGCUUGCCAAUGUCUGUAGGCUUCUAACAGCCGGGAAACUAUUAAUAGGCAAGAAAUUUAUGCCUCAUCCGGUCAUCUUACAACCAUUCCUGGGAGUUCAGGCUGCCCGGUUAGGCUGUGUGUCUCCUGCAUCAGCAAUUGCGAAGGAAGAAAAUGCUUAAAACUUUUAACUAGCGAAAGAGCCCUUUCUGCAGUCUCUUUUCACACGUCAUGUAUUAUUCUUGUACAUGUUUGAUAAUUAUGUAUCUGCACUUUAUCAGGCCAUUCUGUUUAGAUUUGAACUACCUAAAUAUUUAAAGAAAGUUUGCCUUAAGUUAUUUCAGUUUUCAGGCAACUAUGGAAUUUCGGGCAACGAUGCCCUUUGCGAUUACCUUUUUGAUGAAUGAAGGUGACUCUCUUUAUGUCUUAAGCGUCAAAGGUUUCAGCAGUCAUCUUUCAGAAAUCACGUUACCAAGUGGAACUAGCAGGUAUUUUCAGCAACAGCCAGACGGAAGGAAAAACAAUACACAAAUAUUUAUACUAUUUAAGUGUUUUAAACUGUAUUUAUAUAUGCCUGGUUUUAUCAGCUCCCUGCCAACUUUGUUCUUUGUGCCUUCAGAUAGAACAGUUUAACCUCGUCUGGACUUGUUUCCCAACUUUAAAAUGUUAAAUGCUGUUUUUUUUUUUUUUUUUAAUCUCCAAGAAGUCAAGGCCAUUGUCCCCUGCAGAGUGCCACAAGAACUUAAAACCUCAGUGAGGGGCUGGCGAUUGUUUUUGGUGCUGAGUGGUGGUCUGACAGCAGGUGCUAGCACUGAGGUGUG